CGCAAAUAGUGCGAGAAUGCGGGAGAAAGCAUUCCGGUUUAUGCGAGUUUGUCUGAUUUAAGUCCGUGAUUUUUUACCAGUUGUGGAUGUUUUACGCCUAUGCAGCUUAAAAGUGGCUGCAAACAUUGGUCCUAUUAUGGCCAUUCCCUCAGAUAACACACACGGUUAUGCUAUGGCGGAUGCUGUUAUGGCUCAUUGAAAUCACAGUGGUUGUUACCAAGAUGUUCAAGGUAAAAUGUUUUCUAGGGUAAACUUGUGCCGAUGGACAUUGUAUCAACUGCUGGAUAUCGAUUUCAAAAAUGUAAGUGUGGUCUUUUUAAGAACUCACCCCUUUUUUAAUAAUACUACGUGCUACAGUUCUAUUCCUCCCCCAAAUAGUAACAAUAUCGUCUAAUGUAUACAUACUAUAAGCGUUUAAGGUUCCGCGAAAGGCCACUCGAGACUUCUAGAUAAGCGAUACUGUUAAAAGAUUUGGCCCAUAAAGCGAAAGCCGAUAUGCUCUCAUGAACCUUCCACUUAGGCUUUCCUCAACCAGUUAAUAGACUUAGAAAUAUAGAGAUCUAUAUUAAGCCGUAAGCAAAAGGUCUAGACAUACAGAGAAGAUAUUAGCCACAUCGUCCAUCAACUGGCAAAUAAAAACAGCCCAAGUAAAAGGACCUACUACCCUAUGCGCGUUAUCCUCUUGGGGCUGCACGACUAGCGUGACACCACUAGUCACGUGACCAAGAACAGCCCAAGUAAAAGGACCGACUACCCUAUGCGCGUUAUCCUCUUGGGGCUGCACGACGAGCGUAAAACCACUAGUCACGUGACCAAGAUCAGUGGGCCUUCACUUGUUGCGUAGCAACGGUCGUUAAUCCAACAUUUAGCGUAGCCUCGCUCAUUUGACCAAAAUACAGAGGAGAUGUUGGCGAAGCAUUUCACAGUAGCAUGCAAGAUGGUGGGCAAUCAGCAAAUUUUGCUGGGCCCAGCAAUGCUCCGUGUUUUCCCUAAAAUGAUGGCGCUGGGUGGCUUCAUUCUUCUUGCGUGGAAUGUUCGAGCAGAGGGAAAUAUUUUGGAUGUUUGUGGCACGGUUGCGAUGCCUUGAACCCUGGUUUUCUGUGAUACUGUUGCAGGUUGUCAUCACGGAUAAAGCUGUGGCGGUAGCGGUUUGAUACCGCCGCCGCCAUUGAGCAAUAGUCUGCCCCAAGCUGUGAUAAGGAUCUUGACACAGGUCGCCCGAGAGUAGUUCUAUUGGGCUGUGAGAAGCGAUUUUAAGACAUCAAAAUUUAUAUGAAAAUCGAAAAAUAAAAAUUUGAAUUUAGAAUGUGCUAUGUUUGUCGUCCUUUAUUACGCUUACUUUUCAAUCUUAGAGAAAAAGAAAAAGAAUAGGGAUCUGGCGACCAAAUGCACCGAAAAGAUAUAUUGAGUGGAAGAUUAAGGUAGAUUCUUAGGUGAAACAAAAUAGCACUUUUUGUCUGAAGAAAUUAUUGUCUGAAGUUCACGCGGAAUCAUUGGAAUUAGGCUUAGAGACUGCAAAUCAGAAUUCCACCCUAUCCGGGUGGAGCCAGGCCAAUAUAAAGCAAGCAAUUCGAGUGUGUUGAGCUGUGUGCCAAUGGACCUUGGCAACAGGAAUGAGACUUGAUGGGUGCCAACGGACUAGGAUAAAAAAGCGGACACCUCGAUCUUACACAGCAAUGCUGGAGCGACACCGGCGUGGAUUCCGGUCGUAUUUUUAUAACUACCUGGACGAGAUAGCGAUGUCUAUCUGUUCAGCAAUCCCAGCAGACGGCCCAGGGCUGAUAUACGCCGUACGGAGGACAUGUGGAGACAAGGACGACUGCCGUAAAAUCUGCACCGACCCCAAGCUACGAGAACAGGGCCCUAAAGAAGUUCAGCAAUUAACCUGGACCUGUACCGAGUCCCUCCAUGUAUACAAGAGACAGCCCUCCCUGGCUGAUAACUAUGACGACUACACGGACUCUCGUAAGCUUGGCCUGGCUGUCUUCAGGCAUCACUCGUGUACCGUGGCGGGCUGUGGACCCAACUACUGCUGCUGUCGAGCCGUGGCGCUCUAAGGAUCGUUCACGUAUCGAAUAAGUUUGACGCCGACAACGUUGUACCUGCCGUUCACAUCUCAUACUAGAACUAGCGAGGUUUUGUUGCUUGUGAUUUCUGUAUCCCUUAACAAAAAUGUAAUAAAUCUCAAUUGCCUUAUUGAUUCACUGUAUCUUAA